UACAUCCAGUAAACAUCAACACAUGGGUUUGUUCAGCGUUAAAUCAGGCAAUUUAUCCUGAUAAUUGGAAUUAUUGAUCCCCUGAAACCACGUGAAUGCGUUGAUAUAUAAAUGUUCACGAUUACUGAUACACUAAUUUGCCUGAUAUCAGCUGUAGCAUUUGUAAAUCUACUGAGAAUGGCGACACCCGGACAGCCGGGCGACUGGUCCGGGCAGCAGAUACGAAAUCCUCUCAUGAGAAAUAUUUAUUAUCGUAUGAUAGAAGAUCAACGACAUAGGGAGGACACGCAUAGCUAUUGGUACGAGUUUGAUGUAUCUGCACUGCCAGAAGAUCUACGUGAAAAGUUCAUCGGAUUCCAUCAGGAUCUGGAGACAACACAGUUCCUGGAGUCAUGUUACGAGAAGGCAGACUGGAUAUUCACACAACUAAGACAUUCACUACUUCGAUACAUCCUCAGCUGGUUCAUGACAAGCACCUCAAUUAAUGGAUGGUUGAAGCGAGGAUCCAUGUUCAUCUUCUCAAGGAGUCAGCUGGACGCUCUCCUGGACAUUCCGACAGGCUGGCAUUGGCAGGCAGAAAAUAUGCUGGAUCUUGGUGCUGGAGAUGGAAUGGUGACUAGUCAGCUGGCAAGGUACUUCGACAAUGUAUAUGCAACAGAGAUAUCGGAAAUCAUGGUGAAGAGACUGCAGGAAAGAGGCUACAGGGUAUUGGGCAUCAGUGAAUGGAGUGAUGGGACACGUGUGUACGACAUCAUUAGCUGUCUGAAUCUGCUGGACAGAUGUGAUCGACCAAUCAGCAUUCUUCAUUCCAUCCGCCAGUCAUUACGAAGAGGGAGUGGACGGGCCAUUGUGGCAGUAGUGCUUCCAUUUAAACCUUAUGUAGAAUUUGGUUCAACAGACCAUCAGCCCACAGAGUGCCUCCAUAUAGAAGGGAAAACAUUCGAGGAGCAGACGGUCAGCCUCAUCAGACAUGUUUUUACACCAGCAGGGUUUACUGUGGAGAAAUUUUCCAAACUCCCAUAUUUGUGUGAGGGAGAUAUUAAUAAAUCCUUCUUUGUAUUAUAUGAUGCUGUGUUUGUGCUCCGGCCCACUGAUGUAUGAUAGCAGGUGUGCCCCAUGUGUGUUAGUAGGUGUCCUGUUUGAUCAGGGUUUGGAAUGCAAGCUUUAGACACCUUCUCAAGGCUUGGAGAUUUACAUUCCUUUAGAGUUUCAUGAGAAUAUGAUCUUGUUCUCUGACUUGUCUCUCUCACUCUGAUGUCUCCUCCAAUGAAGGCAUUGGCACAUCUAGACAGAGAGAGGUUGGAGUGUCACUGGAGUGACAGUUCUGAUGUUCUUGUAGUGUUCAGUGUUACCUCCCUUUGUUGUCUGCUCUGUGCUUACAUAAACCGGUUACACUAUUGGUUCUCGCAGCAAGCUUAGCACUUUAAGCCAAAAGGUGGCAGCUAAAAAUUGUGGUACUGAUCUGUACCAUAUAUCCAGUUAUAUGAGCAAAUGUGCAGCAUUUAUAAUUACAACUGGGUAUUAUAAUUGGAGACAUGCCCACAUCAACAAUAUGUUUUGGGUAGUAAAAGUUUUUACAAA